AUGUGUAUCUAUUUCUGCAGGGGUGGAGGGGGAGUGUCGGCCCCCUGCCCAGCUAUGCAGGGGGUGGGGUAGGACUUUUCCAGAGAGGGAGCCAGGCCUGGCCCUGGCCCCAAGAGCUCACGCCCCCACCCCUUACUUCUCCAGGGAACUGCCAAAGCCAAACCCAGCUCAGGACAGGAUUAUGUGUACUGGGUAGACCCAUGGAGAAGAGGUAGCAGAGAGAAGCAGAGGCAGAGAGGGAGUAGAGAGGGGACCCGGACCCGGCAGCAAGAAGCGGCAGUGAUCAUCACCCCAUCUCUCCUUCCCCAACCUCCAGUAACAGAGUCAGGCAGAGAGCUGAAGUUUUGGGUGGAACGUUGGCCCUCCUCUGGAGCCCCUACCCCCCCCCCCAUCAGGGCGGAGUUGCUGACCUCAGUGGUCAGCCCAGCCAAGGGAAGGAGCAGCCAUCAGCAACCCCCUUCCCAACCCCAAGCAGCUGAGGAGACCCUGCAGCUCAGGCUCAACCACUGUGAUCCCUCCCUUAACUUCAAGUCCUGGGGUCUCAGGGAGGGAAAUGGGGCUGAGUUACUACCCCCAAGCACAUUCCUGCCCUUCCCUCUGUCAUUUUCCGCCCCUGAGCUGGCCCACCUGGCAUUAGCUCCUUGGAUUCCUCUCCCGGGUGCCUUUUGGAUCCAACAGAAACAUUUUUUUUUUUUCCUGGAAAGCAGAACUCCGAGCAGCAUGAGGAGUGGGGGUGGGAAGGGCUCAUUGUGA